CUAGCCUGUCGCAUCUAAUUACAAUCGCAAUAAUCUCAUCUCUGUUUGCCCCUGAGAGCAUUCAGACACCGUCUGUGGAGUCCAAAGGUUGCUUGACGAACACAGCUGGGCAUGUUCCUAAUCACGACAGCUUCAGUGUCGAAAUCAAGGAAUAUUUCCGAACAGGUCUGAGAGUCUUUGAAAACAUGGUGUGGGAUUUGCAAGGGAUAACGCUGGCGAUCCCUGGACAUCAUGGGUGUUCUACAAACCGGUGCCCGCGGGGACGUAGCGCUGCCGUGCAACAUGAUGACAGAAAUUCAGAAGACGCAUGAAAAUCCAAGAUGACGACAAGAGAAUGACGCCACAGUUACGUCACAGACGUCGACAGUUAUCAGCAAGCAUGGAGUGGAUCUCUCGUUAUAAGGCGGUAUUUGGACUCUUUACACUGCUGGCUAUUCUGGUCACAGUCUACAUUUACACAGUCGGGAACGAGGCUAUUGCACCGACGUCCUUGACCUUCAGGACUUGGCAUGGACAAAGUGGUCCCCAACAUCUGUAUGAUGUCAUCAUUCAUCGGACCAAUAAAACAAUGUUUGGGCAGGCACGUGGAGGUUAUGUGUAUGACCCACAGGUCAAGGUCACAUCACCGGAAGUAUUCGUGAAGCCAUCCACGGCAAAGGAACCCAUCGUUUCAGAAUUUGGUUGGAUCAAACACCUGAAUGUUACCAACAUUGCAGGCACCACCAGUGCCAAAGAGUCUGAGAUCAGUGCAGAAAACAUGAUGCUGCAGCCAGUGAAGGCCAAGAUCCAUAGACGUAUUGCUCAACUGAGUAUCGAGAAAGAAACUGACACGGACAGCUUCUUGGAACCUCUUCCCGAUCUCCCGCAGCCAAACAAGAAAAAAUACCUCGUGUACUUGUGUGAUCGCAAAACGACUUGUGGGGGUUUGGGGAUCGACAAAGGGGGAUAAUGGGAGUGUUCAUCCUGGCGUUAGUGACCCGACGGAGGUACGGUAUCAGGAUGCAGUCCCCCUGUCAGCUGGACAACUUCUUCGCUCCAAAUAAAAUCAACUGGACUGUAAGCGAGAGUGUACUAAGGCUACCGUUUUCAGACCAUAUCAACGCCAUGGAUGACGCUGAACUUAAGAAAAGCCUCGUUGAAGGAGACUUCAACGACAACCACAUGGAAGAUGUUGUGUUCUUAAGGGAUAAUAUGGAUUUUACCAGGGUUAUAGCGCAUCGUCCCAAGUACAAAAAAUUACUUCCGGAAUGGGCAAGGUCAGGGUCAAAGUCUAAGGUCUUUUGGCAUGUUUGGAAUUUAUUGUUUAAACCCUUUGGCAGUAUGAAAGUGAAACUCGACAGGGCUUUAGAUCAGAUAAACCAAACCCUUCACAAUAAACUUGUAUGUGCGCAUGUCCGUAUUGGGCGAAACCCAACCAUUCCUGGCGAUCAGUCAAACGUGAAUUCCAUACAGAGUGUGCGAAAACUGUGGAGAUUCCUUCAAGGAUACGGAAAAGACACCAUGUAUUUUGUAGCGACAGAUGCCGAGAGGGUGCGAGAUAUGGCGAGACGAGAGUUUGGAAACAGACUUUUGACUGUUGAAGGAAAGAUUCGCCAUAUUGACCGUCAACGUGACGACAGGGACGCGUGUGACGGAUUCGAGACUGCGCUGCUUGAACAGCAGAUCCUGAGUAAGUGCGACGUCCUCGUCCUCAGUCAGAGCGGAUUCAGCAUGUUCGCCGCUUACAUGAGAGGCACAAACAAAGAUUUGUUCAUAUUUAAUGAAGGGCAGAUAACUCCUUUUGAACUGCCGUAGCGACCCGUAAAUAUCUGCUAUAGUAUUGGACAGAUGUCACCUCCCUUGUGCUGACAGUGUUCAGUGGGCCAGCAGUGGAUCUAUACUGCCACCGAAUAAGGGCAGAUAACUCCAUUUAUCCCGUUCUGUAAGUGUGUUCAAUGGAUCAGCAAGUAUAAUGGAGAUCAUUGGUUCCGAAUAGGGGGAGAUAACUCCAUGUGUUUAUCAACUCUUGAGUUCAGUGGCUAGAAGUACAAUCUGGGAUAUAUGUCGCCUCUGGUAAGGGGAAAUAACUGCAAUGUAUCUCAUUUGUAGAUUUGGUCAUGAAUAGAUCUCAUGGAGGUUUACUUCCCCCAUCAUUUAUCAGCAUUGCACAAAAUGGGGUCAGAUAUCUGCCUGAAGAAAGAUUGUAAUCCACCUCCAACCGUUACCGAACAUUCUUGUGGAGCUCUUGCAGUAGUGGUAGAGAAAACUCAAGUCAAGACUAACAAGACCCAAAAGAUAAAGGAUAAAACACCACGCUUUGUUAUUCCUAUACCAAUGCCAUAGGUCCAAUCUUCUUCCAGAGACGUCGUUCCAAUGACUUCGUUAUUCGUCAAAGAGGGACUAAGCUCAAGAACAGUUCAUCCAAAUCCUUCAAAACUCACUUUGUGUCUGCCAGUGAAUCUCUGAUGAUUAACAACCAAGCAACUAUUGCCGGAAUUACAUUUUGGCUCAGUGCAAUGCUUAGACAUGACAUAGACCACGGUGCGAGGCCUCCUUUACCUCGGGUAUGGAGUUUAUAGAUGCCAAAGAACUUACCCUCUCACUUACAUGCAGGAAUUCUAUAUUUCAAAGACAUGAUCACUUCAUGUUAAAAUGUUGCUUUUUGCAAAUAAUCUUUCAAAGCAAAGACAGUACCAAUUCAUUUGUAUUUAAAGGAAGUGAAGUGUAUACCAUACGCUGUGCCAUACGUGGUUAGGAACUGAAUGGAAUCAUGACGUGAAUAUACACGAUUAUACCACAACGGGGACAUACUGUGCUGCAGGGCUAUACCACGAAGGUGAAUUGUGCUAUACAUUUUCUCAGUGUGAACAAUUCUUUUCACAGCGUGACGUCUUUUGACGUGCAGUGAUGUAAUUGGUUUAAGGAAAUGAUUAUUAUUACACGACGGUGUAAAUAUAUGACCUGUGACGUUUGUGUUUAUUCACUGAGGACAAAGUGAGGGGGGUCGCGAGCCAAAGGGCAGACAACUCCAGCUCAUGACGACGUCAAAGUGUUUUACGUCAUUUUGACGUUAAUUAGCAAUAUGUCACAUUAUAACAACAAUCAUGGACCAUACAGCUCAACAGCUUGAGCAGCUUGUCAUGGGUUGCCUGUUCAUGACUUGGAUAUUUACAGGCGUGAUAUGAUAAUUAUACUGAAGUACAAAAGAAAGUAGACACCUGGUGUAAGUUACAAUUAAAAGUCUUUUCAAUUUUU